GUUGCAUACCUUCUCUACAUUAGUCAGACAUGUUCUUAAGCUUUAGUGAAAGUUAUUACACUCUGCACGGGAGCCAAGAAAUGCGUCUCCUUGGAUAUAGUCGACAAUUUUUUUCCAAUCAUGAACGUUAUUAGUUUUAUUAAUCUAUUUUUAUUGCAUUCUAUAUAUUUUUUUGAAAUUUGCAAUGGCCUUCAAAGGUGUUUCACCUGUCGAUCCAGAGGCGAACUAGGCAGUUGCAAGGAUCCCUUCGUGCACAAUGUGACUUUAGUAGAAAACAAACAAGAAAUCGGGGUGGAAACAGUGCCCUGUGCAUCAGGAUGGUGUGGGAAAAUCGUGGAAAGCGAAAAUGCCUUGAAAGAAGAGUAUGGAGUUGCAACCCAAAGAAUUUGCCUGCAGAGGGGUCCUUCAGAUAGCGAAGAUAGGUGCGCUUAUACAAAAUGGAACUACAAACGGGUAUUGAUGUGUUUUUGUAAAGGAGAUUUGUGUAAUGGCAGUUCUAAAUUUUAUCUAAACUUUUUUUUCCCUCCAGCUGUAGUAUUUUUAGUGAAAGUGUUCUACUAAAAGUUUUGUGACCAAAUACAUUAAACUGCCUGUGGUUAAAUGCUUUUUGACUGCAAAACCUAUAGAAUUAAAAAAUAA